AUGUAUGGAAAUAACAAGAGGAAAAGAAAGUCAUCAUCCAAAACGGAGUGGUAUGAAGGAGUAUCAUCAUCCGAUAGAAUUGCAUUGGUCAAUUUUAUUGUAGAAUUGAUUCCUGGAAGUUUGGAAGUAGUGAGAAAAAAGCUUGGUGAUUUGAUGGUGCAAUCAAAAACACUAGAUGAUUUUGCUCAAUCAGUUGCUGAAUUUGUUCGACAACGAGCAAGAACCUAUUCAGUUGACUAUAUAAAGGGGAUGGUAUUGGAUAAGUUGGGUUUUAAUUCACUAUUUCUCACAGAGGAAAUUCCUCUCCUUCCUUCACUUCCUUUAACAACAAUUCAACAUAAUUUGCUUCAACAACUGCCAUCUCUACCUCCUCCUCUCUCUAUACCAAAUUCACUUUUUGAUUUGAGUUCGGAUCCAUUGGAUCUUUUACCAGGUACAAUUACAACACCUUCUCCAAACAGUAAUACUGUUAGACAAAUGCCAAAUAGAAGAAUACCUUCACGUGGUAUUGGCACUUCAGCACUUUCUAUGUCUUCCUAUACAUCUUUCCCUGAUCUCCCUCCUUCCAAUCAAAACAGUGGAUUGGUUGUUCGAGGUAAUGAAUUUAAUUCACUGUUAUUUGAAAAUUUUGUGGAGAGAAACAAAAGAGUAUCACAAGCUGUUAAUGUACCUGGAAUGAAUAUUGAAGAGCUAAUGGAACAAUAUAGACAUUGUACCAAGCUAGCCAAAUUGUGGAUAGUGCAAGAUUUGAUAACAAGAAAUGAACUAUCUCUAGUUUGUGGAGAUGAAUGGAAAGAUUCUAUUCUACUUUCCAAUCUUCCAUUUGAUUUAAAGUGUGAGAUUAUCACAUUUAUUCCGACUGAAAGUUUUACUAACUGUUGGUGGAUUCAAUAUUUGAGAUUAAGAAUUAUUUCAAAAUCAAUGAAAUCUAGGCUUGAAGAGACUCUCUUUUCAAGAAUGACAAAUGAAGGAAUUGAUCUCAGUGUUGUUAUGAGUUCCCAACUCUCUAAUUUUACUAUCAAAGGAAUACUUUCUCUAUUAUCCACACAUGCAGAGUACGUAAGACAGGGUAAUCAGUUUAGUGGUGAUUUUUUAAUUCCUAAAGGAGUCCCUGAAGAAGCAGAUACCGAUACAUUCCAACUAUUAUCAAAAAAGGGUCUACUAAGCAUGCCCAAAUUUAAUGGGAAUACUUUUCGUUCAAAAUUAGAGGAAAAUCAAUCGAUUGAUUAUUCAAAAUCAUUCGAUCACGAUUAUAUGGAAACUUUGGUAACUAUGGCUGCUAAAGAAGAUAAUACAUCCUAUAAUCCAUUUCAACAACAUGUUGCUGCAAUCAAUGAUAUUACAACAAAACAAAAUGGUUUAGUGAUGCAGUUGCAAACAGCUUUUCGUCAACCCGAACAAGAAUUUACGAGUUUGGAAAUUAAUAAUCCCUUUAUCAAAUCUCUUACUAUUUCCUUAAAUAGAACAAGAAACAAUUUUAUUACUGACAUUUUGACUAAUCUUGAGGAGUUGACUAUAAUAGUUGCACUUACCGAUUUUACUUAUCCAUUUUCACAACUCUUGAAUAAUAUCAAUCAUCUCAAGCUAAAGAAAUUGAAUAUUGUUUGCUACGAUCAUCUUCCAACAACAUUGUUUCACAGCAUUGAAGGUAGAUUAGAUUUAUUAGAUUUUGGAGGAACAAUUUCUCUUUACGCUGAUAUUGACGAAGGUUUAAUACACACAGCAUCUUUGAGCAACCUACCAAUUACUAUUUUAUUGGGAGAUAAGAUAAUCAAAUCAACACUCGAUUUCAAAAAUUUGACAUUUAGUUUUCAUCCAAUUCGAGACUUUAAUGUUACAAAAUAUAUUUUUGAAAAGGGAUGGUAUAGGAAAAUAGAUCACUCCAUAACACGUAUAGCACCCUUGUUUACGUCUAUUGAAAAUAAUAAGAAAAGCACUUUUCCUUUUAGUUGGUUUAACGCUGACCAGAUUAAGGAAUUAUUGAAAUACUUUGUUUAUGGUAACCAAUUUCCUUGGUAUGAAACUCCCUCAAACCAAUUAGAUGAAUCUAUUAUACAAUAUUAUUUACACAUGUUGAAUGUUAACCAAAAGCGAUUAAGAUACUCGGAACCUAAAGACUGCAGCGCAAAGAUCUUGAAUAUGAUAGUUUGGGGUUAUGAUAUUAGCCUAUGUCCUGAACUAAUUCUCACCAAUUGUACUAAUUUUGGAAAUAUUGGACGGAGACUUGUAAUUGAAAAAUUGAAACUAAAUCCAAAUUAUAUUAAUGUAGACAAAAUCAGGGCUUUAAUGCAAUCCACGAAAUCAAAUACUAAUGCCUUGUAUUGUAUUGUACAACUUAUUCCUUAUAUUCAAAACAAUAAUCAAAUAUUUGAAAGUUAUUUACUGAAUGGUAAGAAGACAAAUGCUCUACUUUCUAUUAUUUUCCAACCAACCAUGCUUGCAGAAUAUGUGUUUGAUAAUUUUGUUAGUAUCUCCAAUAUUGAGAGUGAUGUGGAAGUAUCUGGACUAAAUAUUUCCAUGUUUAGUGUUAUAUUAUCUUCACCACUCCCUAAUAGACUAGUUUUAAAAUUAGCAACAAGUAAUCCAAAACUACUCGUUCGAAGAAAUAGUGAUGGUAAUAUUCCACUCCACUAUUGUUUCGGCUCACCUAAACGAUAUGUACUAAUCAAGCCUUUCCUUGAAUUAGCUCCAGACACCCUUGAUUAUGAAGAUAAAAAUGGCUACAAACCUUAUCAUCUCAUUCCAGAAUGUUUGGAGGUUCAAGGUCCAAGACAUCAAACUGGGAUUGAUUUGGGAAUGGAUUUUUUCCAAACUUUCAUUCUUCCUGAUGUUGUUAAAGAUAGAUUAAAGGAAGAAUAUGAAGCUCAACAUGGUUUCCGACUGACCAACCACAAAUUUGUGAAUAACUGA